CGGCUGUAUGAAUCCAUUUCACUAAAAUUGGAAGAAAAAAAAAAGGAGAGUGAGAGGAAGACAGAAAGUGUCUCGAAUUUAUAGAAAGCGCCAGCAUUUUUGAUCCUGACGGAGGAGGAAACGGGAGGCAGGGAUCGGGAUUGCCAAAUGCAACCCUAGGGCGAGUGACUUGGUUCGUGAAGGUGGGCGUUGGGGGCGGCAGAUUGAGCGACAGGAGGAAGAGGAAGGAUGGACGAAGUGGUACGAUCUCUUUCCUAGACGCGUCGUCAUUGAGGUCGUCGCGGUAACCGGAAGGAUGGUGGUGGCCGACUCCAACUCUUUCAACAAGGAAACGCUGAUAAUCAGGCAUCCAAAGAAAUAUCCACUUAAGUUAUGGGUAGCAGUUGUGGGAUUAUUCAUGUUAAGUGGCAUCUACAUAUUCUCCCUAUGUCUAAAGCAAAGAGGCUUCCUAGUUAUACCGAACCAAGUGAAGCUGAGAGCAAGGAAACAAUCUUGUCAUGAUCCUAGCACCCUACAUUUGGAGCCUCAAUAUCUACAUUAUCCAGAGCCUACAUCUUACAACAGGAAUGAAUGUGCUUGUACACCUGUUAGAUUCUUUGCUAUUUUGUCAAUGCAGAGAUCUGGAAGUGGAUGGUUUGAGACAUUAUUAAAUAGUCAUGUUAAUAUCAGUUCAAAUGGUGAAAUUUUUUCUGUGAAAGAGAGGAGGAGCAAUAUUUCUUCUAUCACACAGACACUCGAUAAAAUCUAUAAUUUGGAUUGGCACAGUAGUGCAUCUAAAAAUGAAUGUACUGCAGCUGUUGGUCUGAAAUGGAUGCUUAACCAGGGUGUCAUGCAACAUCACAAAAGCAUAAACGAGUAUUUCAAUAAGAGAGGAGUUUUUGCAAUGUUUCUUUUCAGAAGAAAUCUACUCCGUCGUUUAGUUUCAAUACUCGCAAAUACUCAUGAUCGAAACGUGAAGCAACUAAAUGGGACCCAUAAAGCUCAUGUGCAUUCCAAGGAUGAGGCGGACAUUCUUGCAAAAUAUAAGCCCACAAUCGAUAUAACAUCAUUGAUCCCUGAACUAAAGCAUGUCGAUAAAUUGGGUACUGAUUCUUUGGGCUACUUCAAGAGCUCCCAUCAUAUUAUACUUUUUUACGAGGAUCUUGUCAACAACAGGACUAAGCUGAUGGAUGUUUUGGAUUUCUUAAAACUGCCCAAGCAGAAACUUUUCAGCCGUCAUGUGAAAAUCCACAAGAAGCCAUUAUCUGAUCAGAUUGAGAACUGGGGUUCUGUCUACGCUACGCUGAAGGGAACACAGUAUGAGUCUUUCCUAAACGCUGAUUACCAAUUGUAGGAACGUAUCGUUAAGUUGUUGUAGAUAAGUCUCUUAAUUUUUUUUUUCCUUCCCUCUCUGAACACAAGCAGUGUUCACAUCCAGCAAUCUGUUGGAUAAGUUUUGAUCCUCUGAUUCUCACAGAUUCCUAGGUGAUUUAUUCAUCUGUAUAUCAUCCUAACUUUAAAUGUUUUUUUAAUCUAAAUUUACUACGAUUGAUCGCUGGAUCUUGAUGGCUAUUCAGAUCAUCAUCUUUUCCAGUGACUUUA